AUGUUGAAAAAUAUUGUAUUAUUUUUAUCAUUAUUAUUAAUUGUUUUUUCUUUGGAUGAUAACAUUACUAAUCAUGAUAUUCCAUUAAUUAAUGAAAAUUUCAUCAAUAUUUAUAAAUAUCAUUAUCAGAUGGCGGUGGAGGAUAAUGUUUUAGAUAAAAGAAUGAUAUCACAUUUUAAUAAAUGUGAAUAUGAUAAUAAUAAUAAGAAUUUACAGUAUUAUAGUGAUACAUCAUAUUUAUCUCCUGGUCAGAUAAAUAUUUACACUGAAAUUGGUUCUCUUUCAAAUUUUAUACCACAAAAGUUGACUGAAAGUUUUUUUGAUAUACCAUUAGAUAAUUUAAAUGAAUUUCUUCAGACAACAGAAGACUCAAAAUAUCCAACUUUUAAAGAUUUUAUUGAUGGUUUUAAAAAAGGUACAAAUAAUGAUGAUGAAUUUCAUAAAGUUAUUAUUAAUCAUAUUGAAUUAAGUGAAAUUAAUUUAUUAGAAUGGGCUAAAAGAGUAACUGAGAGAAUUAAAGAAAUUCCUAAUUAUAAUCAAAAAUGGAAAUUUAUUUUAAUAACACCUACAAUACAAGAUAUUAUACCUAAAUAUGGAAAAAUUUAUAAAAAUACUAAUAAUACAAAUUAUUUAUAUAAUAAUAUUGUACCAACAUUAUAUGAAACAUUAAAUUAUAUAAAAAAUACUCUUCCAAUAAAAACAUUUAUAGUUAUAUUAAAAAAUGAAGAUAUGAGUAUUUGGAAAACAUAUAAAGAAUCAUAUAAGUAUUGUCAAUUUGCUACAAAAACAUGGUUUAAAAAAAAAGAUAUAAUAAAUAAUUGUUUAAAUUGUAAUAAUUAUAAUGAAUGGACAUGGCAAAUAUUACAAAGAAAUAUAACAAGAUACUUUAAUACAAAAUAUUUUAAUGUAAAUAUUAUAAAUUUAUUGGAUAAUUUUAUUCCAUUAAUUAUUAAAACAAAUAAAACUAAAGGUGAAUGGAUUGAUUUAAGUUUUAUUUCAAUUGAUUGUAAACAUCUAUCUGAUAUAGGAAUUUCUACCCUUCAUACAGCAAUCUGGAAUUGGUUAAUUUCACCAAGGCAAACAAAAUAUGAAACAAGAUCAUAUUUUAAACCAACAGUACAAAUGUUAAAAUGUCCAUUACCUUCUUGUCCAUUUAUGGCAACAAAUAAUAAUUUUAAUUAUUGUGAUUAUAAUGAUUAUCAAUAUUCAACAAAAUUUAAAAAUUUAUUAUUACAUGAACCAUUUGGUGAGGAAGCAAUGAUUUUAAUACUUAUAAUAUCAGCUAUUAUUCUUUAUACAUUGAUAUGGAGAUUUAUUGGUAGUUUAAUGAAAAGACAAGAAGAAUAUAGUAAUAAUAUGAAAAAUAAAUGGAAUCAAAUACCAUUAAUUGAAGAAGGAACAUUGUUAAAUCUUUAA